CUUGGGACAACAGUAUGUAUAAACUAUCACGAAGCUAGGGGAGAGCAUGGCAUGUCUGAACAAUAAAGGGGUCCGUGCCAACGCCGGGCGAGCUGCUGCUGCGCACGCCCUGUUCGUCAUGGCCCGCUUGGCCUCCACAUUCAUCAUCCAGCUCAGUCAGGAGCAACAAAGUCGAAGCCCUGGAGCAAAGAAAUCAGGGCUUAUCGUCACAGACAGCGCAGGCAGCUCCAUUUCGACGUCAUUCGCCAAUUGUUUUCUCUAAAUUCAUGGGGACCCCAGCAAGGACAACCCUAGUGUUCAAGCAACUGGA